CGAUUGUUCCGAGGAUGACGGCGAAUUCGCGCCACAUCUCGUUGUUCAAGCUUCGGACACGAUGCGCCGGCAUGAGACUGCCGUCCAUACCGCGUGCUUGAUGUUCUUGCUACUCGCUGCAUCAGCUGAUGCGAGCGCACAGGUCAACGGUGUCGUGGGCGUCACAUGCUCGACCCGAUCGGACUGCGGUCAGAUUCCGAGUCUCGGAUGCCGCGACAGCAAAUGCGCCGUGUGCGUCUCGGACAACGACUGCGGCGGCGAUUCGUUCACCACGUAUCGCUGUGUCAACAGACAAGGCGGCGUUCCCCCCGUGUGCUUGAACAAGAACGUGUUUUCUCCAUUCACAGGCGCCGACAUCCUCGCGGCGUUUCUCGCGGCACUUAGCACCGCGCUCGGUGCGGCGUGCGGCCUCGGUGGCGGCGGACUCCUCGUCCCGCUCUUCAUUGUCGUCGUGGGGCUAACGCCAAAAUUCGCCAUUCCACUGUCCAAAGCCACGAUUCUCGGUGGGGCCGCCGCCACGUACUGGUCCAACUACGGCUCGAAACAUCCGUACGCGUCCAGGAGACCCAUCGUCGACUACGCUCUGGCCGGCCUCAUGGAACCUCCGACGCUGAUCGGGACCAUUGUUGGUGUCAUGGCAAACGGCGUCUUCCCGUCGUGGCUCAUCCUAGCCCUGCUCAUCCUGCUCUUGGCAUUUGUCACGUACCGUGUCACGAAGCGGGCGAAUGCGAUGCAUGCCAAGGAGAAUGCCGAGAACGCGGCUGCUGCAGCUUCGACGUCGGAUCUCCCCGACGUCAACAACUCGACACCUGAAGUCCACGUGGACAAGGAAGACCACGACGACGGUGUCGCCGCUGAAUGUGUGCAUUUUCGAGUGGACGACAACGUCCCAGCUGCCACCAACAUGGCUUCGGUCCAGGACUCGCUGCUAGCGACGUGUCACGCUCAGGAAAUGGACGUGUUUCCGUUCCGCCAGUGCAUUUUGCCGCUUCUUGUGUGCAUUGCGGCGAUUCUGGCGCAGUCGCUGCUGCGCGGCGGCCAUGGCGCGCCGAGCUUAGUCGGGGUCGCAUGCGGGUCGGCGCUGUACUGGCUGCUUAUCCUGCCCCCAACGGCGAUCCUUGCCGCCGUCACAUUCCUCAUGGGCCGCCUCCUCCUUCGCCGCACCCACCUCUACGCUGCAUGCGGCAUGGAGACCGUCAAAGGCGACGUCGCAUGGACUCGGCAUAAAACGUACGUCGCGUUUCCGUUGCAGUGCGUCGUCGCAGGGUUUGCGUCGGCGUUGCUGGGCAUCGGAGGUACUUGUCACAACUCGUGGGCAACCAGCUCGUGACGACGGCAGGUGGGAUCGUGCAAGGGCCGUUGAUGCUGGAACAUGGGGUGACGCCGCUCGUGCAAAGCGCGACCGCGUCGUACAUGAUUCUGUACACGUCGACGUCGACGACGAUUCAGUACACGAUUGCGGGCCAAUUUCCCGGCGACUUGCAAUAUGGUACGGGUGUUUUUCAUGCCAACGGUGGGGUGACACCGUGCUCGGUAGAUUAUGUGCUGUGGUACGUCGCCCUGGGGUUCCUCGGUGGUGUUUUUGGCAAAAAGGUGCGCUCGCGCGAAGACGAACGAGGCACUCACGGCGCCAUGCGCAGGUCGUGGAACGGCUCAUUCAAAGAACUGGUCGCAUGUCGUACUUUUUGUACUUUUUGGCGGCCAACUCGGCGAUCCAGGCGGUCGCGAUGGGGUACAUCGGUGUCAGCAACGUCCUUCAAGACAUCAAGACGGGCGACAGCAUCGGGUUCUCCAGCCUCUGUCAUGGCUAACGUAUGAAUGCACCAGACGAAUCCUAGACGAUGUAGGGGUUAGAGGACUCACUUCACGGGCAGCACUCAUGAGACGACGCAUCGAUUUCCUCGAGGAUGUGCCUUGCCAUUCCCAUGCGAAUCUUCUCAGUCGGUCGACGCCGCGGAGGCGCGGUUGCGGUUGAUACACUCAGGAUGGCCAUGAGCGUCCUUUGAUUGAUGUGAACGCGUUCC